AUGCAGAAGAAAAUCCACCUUCUCUGGUGUUUUGACGAGGUUCAAUGCGACGCCGCCAUAGCUGUGAGGACGAAGAGGGAGGGAGACGACAUCACGGAUUUCCGCUACCAGGAUAUUGAAAUUGAAUACCAAGACCCCACUGCUUUGUCGUUCCUGGUGACUUCACUCUAUUCUCUGCCAGGAUGUCAUAGCAGUGUUCUGGCAGGCACUGCUUUGAAUAUAAAAAGAGUCGAGGAAAUAGUGAACCUGGCUGUUGACACGUCUGCAGAUACUAGGCUCGCAUAUGGCCUUUCUCCGACAGGAUACAAUAUUCCUCAGAUGAAAUCGCUUGAUCGUUCUCAUCUCUCAUCGAGGUCUUAUGGGACGCAACCUCUCCACAACCACCAGAUAAGCUUGGACGCUGUCCGCGCCAGGCUCAAAGCGUCUCUUGUAGGUAGUGAGACUGUCUUCGAGGAUCAAGCUUUUAUCAGCAAGUUUCGUGGGCAACGCCAGCAGGGAGGUCGUUUUGCCAACAUGGGCAAAAACCAAAUAGCCCCUUCCUCUGCGCAGUCGCUCCCCAUGGUCCGUUUGUUACAUCGAAGAGCUCUUCAGAGCUUAUAUCAUAAACCUGGACUCAAUCAGCCAAGACGGCUCGCUGUCCGAGGAAUUUGCGAAAAAGAUUGCGAUACAUCUAUAGAGGUCCAAAAGAAAGCAAAUCAGCCUCUGAAACAGAGAACUCAGAAAUUGGCAACCUCCGCAGAUCUCAUAUGGCAGAAAUUGGCCAACGAUGUUUCCUAUAUGGCGAUGCAAGCUGAGCUGUUCAGCCGUUCUAGGUUUUUGGAUAUUGCAGAAGCGGCAACCCUGGUUAAGCAAGCAAUUGCAUAUAUGACCGAAGUGGACCGCGGAAAAUUCCUGGUGUGUAUUGCAGAACAGCUAGUCGUUGACGCCGUAAUGGAAUAUCUACGAGAUAGAACGCCUCCUAGCACGCAUACAGACGAAUAUCUUGGGUUAUGGCAGUACAGCGCCUCUUCUUUUGGAUUUAUCGCAGAGGAUCGUCUUGCCAAAGCAAUAUACACAAAUGCGUAUGAGCACAAGAACCCGACAGAGCGGACUAGGUUCCUGACAAAAUUUGAUAACGUCUAUAAAAUAUCAAAAUCCCUUGGUUCUCAGACCUCCUGGCUUGGCCUUAAGGGUUUUGUUCUUGAGCAUAAUUCAGGAACAGUGGAUGUGGCACUGAGCGGAAACGAGGCCGACGGACAGGAUGAUGACAAAGACGAGGACCACGAAAAAGAGGACGGCGAAAACAAAAUUGUCAGGGGAAUGAGUGUCGGUGAAUGGCUUCACAGAGUCCUUCGAAACGAAGCAAGACCAACCUUCCUACUGCCCAGUACAUCCGCAGGGCCUGACGUGAUGUUCGUGCUUUGCAGGAAGCAAAAGACAUUGAUUCAGCGGGUCAUAUACGCUGUCCAGUCGAAAAUGGCCAUGAGAUACUGUGGAUCUCGGAAGCGGAAUGAGAAAGCCGAGUUCCUCGAAAUAUUGCAUGAUUUCAAGACAGCCUGCGCAGCACGGCCAGGAGAGUUCGAGUUCCUCACUUUUCUACUUCUGGGUUGCGACGAAGAAGCAGAUGUGAAAACUACCGAGAUUGUCAAUAAAUUGACUAAGAGGAAGAAAGACGCCAGAUUUGCGCAAGAUAUCGUGAACAAGGCAGAACUUAAAAAAACUAAUCCUGGCAUGUCUAAGCCUAAAGGAACCCUGGUCGUCGAAACCUCGAUCCAAGGCUAG